UGUCUGAGGAGAUGACAGCUGAUCCCACCGCAGCUCUACCGUGUCGCCCUACUUUAUUUUCUCCGUCCGCACCUUUCUUCACCUUCCUCCUCCGCCUCUUCUUCCUCACGCAGGAAUCAAGCGCUUGCUCCCCGGGGGGACGAGGUCUGUGAGCGCCGGUCUCGAGCCGAGGAAGUGAGGCUGCUGGAAAAAAGUUGUGUGGAGCAGAAAAAAAAGCAGCUCCACCACCAACACAUCAUCAUCUUCAUCUUCUUCACCAUCAUCUUCCUCAGGCUGCAGGAGCUGAAUUUCUCGUCUGACUGGAUUAAAACCGACGUUUUUUAUCCGCAGGAGGUGAAAACCACUGAACAGGUUAUGAGUAAUGGAAGCAGGGUCGGUGGUGCGUGCCGUGUUCGAGUUCCUCCCCAGUGUCUCUGAGGAGCUGCCACUCUUCCCCGGUGAUGUCAUCGAGGUGCUCAGUGUCGUUGACGAGUUCUGGUUGCUUGGUAACAAAGAUGGUGUCACAGGUCAGUUUCCCAGCACCUUUGUGGAGGAGGUUACUAUUCCCAGCACCAAGCCUGGAGAAAGACUCUAUGUGUGCAUCAGUGAUUUCAGCUCAGCCGAGCCGAGCAAACUGUCACUGAAGAGAGGUGAUGUGGUAGUUGGAGAAGCAGGAGGGCCCACGGACCUCGGGGAAACAUGGCAACGUGGCUGUAAUGUCUGGGGCGUCCGUGGUCUCUUCCCCAUGUCGUGCGUGAAGGAUCUGAACCUGUCCGGACGCUCCAGGCAGCUGUCUGAACGCUCAGCUCAGGCCCAGGCUUCGGAGCUCCCACCUUACGCCCUCGCCCAGGCCCGGGCCCUCAUGAGCCUCCAUGCACAGCUUAAAGAGGAGCUGGACUUCCGAGAGGGCGACAUAAUAAUCAUCACAGGCCUGCCCGAGCCGGGAUGGUUCCAGGGGGAGCUGGAUGGACGCAGGGGAAUCUUCCCAGAAGGGUUUGUGGAGCUCCUCAGCCCCCUUCGAUCUCCACAGGAGCCUGUGGACUGCCAGUAUUUGAACGAUGGCCCUCAACAAUUCAGCUACGAGGAUCCCUAUGAUGCAGGAGAGGGUGCUGAGGAGGGUGCUGAUGAAGAAAGGGAGGUUUUUCUGAGGGAGGAAGAGGUACAGCGGGAGGAUGUAGUCGAAGCAGAAGAAGAAGAGGAGGAGGAGGAGGAGGAGGGUGUCUACGGAGUGGCAGUGUACGAGUUCCGGGCCAUGGAGCAGGGGGAGUUGGACUUUGAUGUGGGAGAUCGCAUUUGUGUUAUAAGCACUUUGGAAGACGGUUGGCUGGAGGGGGAGCUGAGGGGGCAACGUGGUAUUUUUCCUCAUCGUUUCAUCAAACUAGAGGAAGACGUAGAGAAAAAUGCGGAGGAAACCAACAUAGUUGAACCAGAAGAAAACAAGGAGAGCUGCUGUACAUCUGAAUACAGCUCAGAUCAUUUGUGUCCCAAUGGGUCGGAGAAUGAUCCUGAAUGGAGGACGUACGAGGAUCAUACCGUGUGGGACCUGGAUUACUUCGAGAAAACCGAGGAUCAGAGGUGGCAAAAUGAAAACAAAAGUGCUGGAGCUCAAACUAACAGAAGAGUGCAGCGAGAAGGGGGAGGCAGACCUGACUCUGAGCCAAGUAGACCUGUCGCUCUGGUGCAAAGAGGGCCAGAGAGACCCAAAUCCACUCCUCCAGCAAGGCCCAGACUUCCACCUCGGCCAAGCCUGCCCGCACGUAGCCGCCGGCACCAAGGCACAAAUCGCUCCAACUACACUAAUGGUAACAAUCGAUUGUCACAGCCCAAACGCUCACAUAGUCUAACUCUACCUAGCACUCAGCACGGUUGGUCUAAAGACAGCAGAUUCAACCAGAGGCCACCAGCGGAUGUCGGCAGCACCAGUAACAGAAGUGCCACACUUGGCCAAACUUUGAUAAACCUUGUUGAGGGCCACAGACAGAAGAAGUUAACUCGCCAUGGCAGUGUCAGUGAUGCUGAUAUGAUGAUGAGCAGUGCCGAUGCACGGACACAUUCCCAGCAGACUGUGCGUGCCUCCAACGGGUUAUUACCGACAUCCAUCACCUUGGAUGCCCUGGCGACCUCAGCCAGCAAUCUGGAGGCCAAGCUCUCCCAGCAGCUUUUUGAGUUUGAGAAAAGCUUGACGUCUUCAUUAAGUGAAUCUCACAUGAGUUCUGGUGCCUCAUCUGCAGGUGACCUGAACCAACAGUCCCAAAUCUCACGACACUUUUCUAUACUGGAGUAUAGCAAUGAAAGGGACAUUAUCCGGGGAUCCUCACAUUCCCCCGUGUCCGACCUCUUGCAGUCAAAUGCUCCUUCCGUGCUGGAGAGACGCAGGACCCUCCGCCCUCCUCCUCCUCGUCCGAGAGUCCUUCGUCCCGCAGCCCGAGCAGCAUACAAACCAGCCCGCCCUGCUCCACGUGCACCCCCACGUUGCCCGAGACAAAACACUGCUCCUCCAGCGUGCAGCCCUCUCACCAGCAGCCCCAUCUUCUACAGCCCAGACGAACCGCCUGUAACCCUUCUCGAUCAAAUAACAGAGGGACAGGCUGAGUUCGCCGACCUCGCAGCCGCCCAAGAACGUGAAAUCCAGAGCCAGCUGGAAGCCGAGAAGGAGCACGAGAGAGAGCUGGAGUUGGAGAGUCAGAUACAGAGGGAAGAGGAGGAGCGAUACCAGCUGCUGCUACGGCUACAAGAGGUUGAACACGAGAUGGAUGAGUACGCGCACACGGCGGAGGAACUCAGGGCCAUGUUGGAGGAAGAGGAGGACGAGACGGCCCGCACGCAAGCCUUGGAGAAUCUGGAGUUCUGCAACUACACGCUGGAGACGCUGGCCCUGGAGCAGCAGCAGCUACAAGAGAUGACGCUCCUGUCGUCCCAGCCCAAACCUCCGGACUCAACCCCGUCCUCAGAUUUGACCCCGAGCGCCGGCACGGACACAGAAGACCCGGAGCUGAGGAUGCUGGAGAAGAGGUCGAAGGUCAUCGAGGAGCUCCUGCAGACGGAGAAGGAUUACAUCAAAGACCUGCAGAUGUGCGUGAAGGAAAUCAUCGAGCCGCUGCAGAAGAAGCAGUUGAAGAAUGUGGACUUUGACGAGCUCUUUGGAAACAUCAGCUCGGUGAUCGACAUGUCAGAGCGGCUGUCUGAAGCUCUGCACGAGACGGACUCUAUCGGUGAUGUGUUUCUGGACUUCAAAGCUGAGCUGGAGGAGGUUUACAAGAUCUACUGCCAGAACCACGACGACGCCAUCUCUCUGCUCGAGUGCUACGAGAAGGACGAGAACGUCCAUCGCCACGUGCUGGAGUGUCUGGAGCGGCUGAGGGCCAUUUAUCGAGAGUGGGGUAAAACGAAUUACAUCAACCUCGGCUCCUUCCUCAUCAAGCCGGUGCAGCGGGUGAUGCGUUACCCGCUGCUGCUGAUGGAGCUGCUGGGGGCCACGCCGGAGAGCCACCCCGACCGGGCCCAGCUGACUCAGGCCCUGCUGGCCGUCAAGGAGAUCAACGUGAACAUCAACGAGUACAAACGCAGGAAGGACCUCGUGGUGAAGUACAGGAAAGGGGACGAGGACACGUUCAUCGACAAGAUCUCGAAGCUGAGCAUGCACUCCAUCAUCAAAAAAUCCAACCGAGUCAGCAGCCACCUCAAGCACCUCACAGGCAUUUCCCCUCAGAUUAAAGACGAAGCGUUCGACGAGGCUGAGAAGAGAUUCCGGCUGCAGGAGAGGCUCAUCAAGUCUUUCAUUCGGGACAUUUCUCUGUAUCUGCAACACAUCAGGGAAUCUGCGUCUGUGAAGGUGUUGGCUGCCAUCAGUUUCUGUGACAUCUACACAGAGCGCAAUGCACUGGACCCUGACGGCUUCCAGAGGGCGCACCGCUGCAUCAGCGACAAACAGUUCCCGCAAUUUAAGGCGCGCACCGAGGCCUUAGUGGUCAACCCGCUCACCCAGCUGCUCCUCAUGUUCACCGGGCCGCACAAGCUCAUCCAGAAGCGAUUUGACAAGCUGCUGGACUACGACAACUGCAAGGAGCGCGCCGACCGCCUCAAGGAGCGCCGCGUCCAGGAGGAGCUGCAGGUGGCGCGCAACAACUACGAGGCGCUCAACGCCCAGCUUCUCGACGAGCUGCCCAAGUUCCACAUGGCCGCAGAGGAGCUGUUCACGGGCUGCGUGAGGGCGUUCGCUCAGGCCCAGAAGGACUUCAUGAAGACGACUCUGGGAGAGUUGAAACCCAUUCUACAGAUCUUUUCUAACAAGGUGGGCACGGAGGGCAACCUCAUUGCACAGUUCCAAGACGAGUACAGCCGGGUUCUCCAGCUUCUGCAGCGCUUCAGCUUCUGUCCACAGAACCUGCCUCCGGCCGCCCCCCCCGCGAAAAAGACCUACGACAAGAAGACGAUGGAGAAGCAGACCUCGAAAAAGCAACUGCAGGGACCUCCAAACUACAUCAUGCAGACCGAGGAGCACCGAGCAGGGCUUCUGGUUCGCUACGGCCCUGAGAAGCUGUUCCAGGCUGAGAGGAACUUUAAUGCUGCCCAGGAUCUGGAUGUGUCCGUACUAGAGGGAGAUCUUGUAGGUGUGAUCAAGCAGCAGGACCCCAUGGGAAGCAACAACCGCUGGCUAAUAGAUAAUGGAGUCACCAAGGGUUUUGUGUACAGCUCCUUCCUCAAACCUUACAACCCACGCAGAAGCCAAUCAGACGUCUCCAUCGAGAGCCAGUCGUCCAAUGAGUCGGGCUACGGCGGCUCCUCCCCCGUCUUCUCCCGCCAGAACAGCAGCAGCACGCUGACCUUUAACCAGGAAGCGGCUACCGUCAGCUUUUCCACAUCGCAGCCCCCGGGCCAGUCGUCGCCACACCCGUCUCUGGACUCCGCCUCGUCCCGCAGGAGUCACCCCAGGGACGCACCCGACUCGGCCAGUCUGAGCAACUCCAUAAACUCCUCCCCCCGAAAUCCCUCGAACCGAAGGGAGUUCACAGACCAAACGCACCGGAACCCCCCGAGUCACAGAGACGCGGAGCCUUCGUACCGGGGCAACCACAGAGACUCGUACGAAGCGAGUAACGCGAGGUCGAGCAGGUACAAGGAGACGUCGGACCUCUCGGAGACCGACUCCUCCACAUCGCACAGAAACAAUCACUCACAGCGGCACGGUCACACAGACAAAUCCUACAGCUCGCACCAGCGGCGAAACGGAGACAGUGGUGGCCAAAAGAAGUCGGGCUACUCCAGAGACGAGUACAUCGAGCCGGUGCCGGCACCAGUGGAACCACAGCAACCACUGGAACCAGAGGAUGAGGGCGAAAUAGACGGUCACCAGAUUUACUACGCCAUCUACUCAUUCAGCGCCCGCUGUGCCAACGAACUGAGCAUCUCGGCCAAUCAGAGGCUACGGAUCCUGGAGUUCAAGGACUUGAACGGCAACGGCGAGUGGUGGCUGGGCGAGGCGGGAGGCCGACAGGGCUACGUGCCUUCCAACUACAUCCGCAAAUCUGAAUACACAUGAACAGAGAGGUUGUUAUCGCGUGGACGAUAAUGGAGACAGCACUUGGAGCCACUCUGAGAGCCGACAGAACAAAAGCGACGAACAAGCAUUUGGUUUAUUUUCGAUCUGUUGUCAUGGACUUUGAUAGUGAGAAGGACUGACUUGCUGCUGACUCGGCUCCUGAGAGUUAGCAUUAUAUGCCUAAUAUUUAUAUAUAAUGUUUUUUUUUUUAUUUACUGGAACCUGCCCCAUUGUAUUCCAGUGAAAGAAAAACCUGUGAAUUGCACCAGAUUUAGUUUUUUGCCAUAUCCUCUGCAGCUGAUGACAAUGAACUGUAUGUGUGGGCGAGCAGACUUUUUCGUUAGCGUAUUUGGGAGAUUUGCAAUGGAAAUAUGAAGGUUUUGGGUUCAGGCUGCUUCUUGUGAACAAACAAUGAAGUGAUAUGCACACAGACUGACCUGAACACUGUGUUAAAGACUUUUCUUCUUCAUGCGGUUCAUUACUGUUCAACAAAGCCGAGGCACUUAAUGAUGAUUAUCCCCUGGAUGCCAGUUUGAAGUGUCUGUGGAGUGUUGCAUGGAAUUAUCAUUCGGACAAUUUGAAUCAAGACCAAGGACGAAGUUAAUGCUCACGAAAUACUGUUUACAAGUUUUCCCCUCCGGCUUUUUCAAUACACGUUAAACCCGGUUGACACUGUGUAAACAGUUGAUGACCCUGUUUUGACCUGUGAGAGGAGGUUAACGACCAGGGAGAGAGAUUUCUCCACAUGCUCCCCGUUAUAUCCUCCAUAGGGCUGUACAGUGAAAAUAUGAUAUUGCACCCGCUGUAAAGUGAUCACUGUUUGAAUAAAAAAAACCAGCUCAGCUGACAAAUACUGCCGACGUCUGGGAGAAGUU